AUGAUUCAGGCAUCGAAGACUACAAAAUAUGAGAACCCCGUCUAUGAGACCUACUGCAGCUUCACAAGUCAUGAAUCUGAAUUUGACUAUCUAAAGUCUCUUGAAAUUGAGGAGAAAAUAAAUAAAAUUCGCUGGUUGCCCCAACAAAGUCAGGCCAGGCACCUGUUAUCAACAAAUGACAAAACCAUCAAGCUCUGGCGAUUAUCAGAACGGACAACUCGAGCGACGGGCUACAAUCUGAGGGGAACGUGUGAUGUCUUUGAGGAAACCUAUGAUGAGGAGUACAAUUUGACAACAGCAGCCUCUCAGGGUGAUACAACUAAAACUAGGGUUCAAAACGCGGGUAAUCUACGGGUGCCCAAGUAUGAGCAGCGAGCCUCUUUGUUGGUGGAAGCAAAUCCUAGACGGGUCUUCGCCAACGCCCAUGCCUACCACAUAAACUCCAUUUCGAUAAACUCAGACCAGGAGACCUUUUUAUCCGCCGACGAUCUCCGAAUUAAUCUGUGGAAUCUGAACGUCACCAACCAGUCCUUCAAUAUUGUUGACAUAAAACCAACAAAUAUGGAAGAGCUGUGUGAGGUGAUUACAACAGCGGAAUUUCACCCAACCAGUUGCUCCCUCUUCAUGUACAGCAGCAGUAAAGGUAUCCUCCGUCUAUGUGAUAUGCGUCAGCGGGCCCUCUGCGAUAACUGUACACUUACAUUCCAUGAACAAGAUACCUCCCUUAACCGCGGUUUCUUCUCCGAGAUCGUCAACAGUAUUGCAGACUUGAAAUUCAGUAACUCUGGUCGCUAUGUCCUAAUUUGGGAUCUUAACAUGACCGACAAGCCCAUAGAGGUCUAUCAGGUUCAUGAUCACCUCAGGAGCAAAUUUGUCGCCCUCUACGAAAACGAUUGUAUCUUCGACAAAUUCGAAUGUGCCUGGUCUCCCGGUAACAACUACGUUCUAACUGGAUCCUACAACAACCUCUUCCGCAUUUUUGAUCGAUCAACAGGGAAAGGUGUCUUCAACGAAGUGGACAAGGCAUUCACUUCCACACUGACACAACCUCUGCGAACUCGAGAGGUAACAUGUGACUCCGUUGCGCCUACUGCCGACCAGAUCAGUGUCGACGCCAUCGAUUUCACGAAGAAACUGCUUUACCUCAUUUGGCACCCUAAUCUGCCGCGCAUUGCAAUGACCAGCAAUGAAAACCUCUUUCUGGUCUCAGCACAUAACCAACUUUGA